AACUAUAUAGCAAAGGUGUACAUACAGUGCAUACAGCAACGAUAUUUUCAUUAUUGCGAAGCAAAAAUUGUCAAAACCAUAAUAUUUAACCAAAAUCAGAAUUUUCAAUAAUGAUAUUCUUCACAAUUAUAGCAAUAUGUUUUAUGGUAAUGGAUUUAGCUGCAACAUCAGAUAUUGAUUGUGCCGAUAAAACUUCUUUUUGUCCUUAUAUUAUUGGACAAUGUAAAUAUGUUUCGGAAGUAAGAGCAUUAUGUAACAGAAGUUGCGGCGUUUGUUCAGUGAGUUGUUCGAACAUUCAAUAUAGUGCGCGCGUAGUGUGUGGAGAUGCUUCAACCACUCAGACUUCAUGCAUUGAAAAAUCGUGUUGUUGGGACCCUUCCAAUCCAAAUGGACCUUGGUGCUAUAAAUCAAGAGGAGCUGAAGGAAAAUAAAGAUGCAAUCAUUAUUUCGUAUUUGUUAUUUCAACUUUUAUUUACAUGUUUAUAUAAGUUAAAUAUUUAUAGGAUUAAUCCUUAGCAAAAUUAUUGAAUGUAUUAUUUAUUUAAGAAAUAGAAAUUUAACAAAAUUA